CAUUAGUAAAAUUGAAGCAAAACUAGUAUUAUAUAAAAAAAGAAUUAUAAGAAGAAGGGUUACAAAAAAAGUACAGACAGACAAAAAAGUUAUUGAAUUAAGUAGUCGAAAAUAUACAAAGCAAAGACCGUCUGAAAAAGAAUCCAUAUAUUGGAAGGCAAAUGUAAUCAGUGGUGUUGUGUAGUUGUUAUCUGCAAGAAAAUCAGUGAGAAACGAGCCGAGUACUUGGAAUAAUAUUUGCUAUAAGUUUGAAACAGGAGAGAAAAUAAAUAUGGAAUAUUGCCGUGAACCAAUUAUGUGAUACCCGUAUGUGAACGUUCAAUAUGCGAUAAACAAACAAAGAGUCGAUAUUUAAGCUUCUUAGGUGUGUUGUGUGCUAUCACCUCGUUACUUUUUAUCUUCAGUUUUGUUUUUCGUUCGAAAGUAAACAUGCGUCAAAUGGUGUCAUGCGUGUAGACACACGUCGCCGUUGUCACAGUUGCAAAAACACCGAAUCGUAUAGAACGGGAAUAUUAUAACACACACACGCAACGAAUACAAAAGAAGCAGCGAAGGGAAAAUAAACGAAACAUCGAAGACCAGAGUGAAACGGCAAUAGUUUAUAAAAUAUUAAUAGUUUGGGGUUUGACAGAUAAACGAUUGCACGCGCGCCAAAUAAAAGAAGACAGUCAUAGUUUUUUUUGGGUUUUGUGAAUCCCGUAUUUGAUGAAAUUUAACACAAAUUUAACAUCAUGAAGUUUGCCGAGCAUUUAAGCGCACACAUCACCCCGGAAUGGCGAGCAGCCUACAUCAACUAUGAGGAAAUGAAAGCAAAAAUUUAUUUGGCCGUUGAAGAAGCGCCAUCCGUUGACAAUGUUGAAGAAGAAAUCCUAAAACGUCACUUUGCCAAUUUCGAUGAAACGUUCUUUUUGUAUUGUGAUCAGGAAUUAAAGAAAAUCAAUACUUUCUAUUCAGAAAAAUUGGCGGAAGCAACGAGACGAUAUGCAGCGCUAUCGGCCAAACUUAAAGAGGCCAAAGAAGCCGCACAACGUGUACAGAAAAAGAAUUCCACACAAAAACAACAAAUUCCACAACGAAAAGUCCAAGAAUUGAAAUUAGCAUUUAGCGAAUUCUAUUUGAGUUUGAUUCUAUUGCAAAACUAUCAGAAUUUAAACUAUACGGGCUUUCGGAAAAUCUUGAAAAAACAUGAUAAACUCUUACGAGUUGAUCAUGGUGCUAAAUGGCGACAAGAACACGUGGAGUCGACACAUUUCUUUACCAACAAAGACAUUGAUCGUAUUAUAAAUGAGACCGAAACGGUGGUCACAAAUGAAUUGGAGGCCGGUGAUCGUCAAAGGGCAAUGAAACGAUUACGAGUACCACCGUUAGGCGAACAACAAAGCCCAUGGACAACAUUUAAAGUUGGACUAUUUUCAGGAUGCUUCAUAGUAUUAUUCAUUUCUGUAGUAUUAUCGGCUAUAUUUCACGAUGUAACGACGGAAAAUUUAAAAAUUGCAUUCCGAUUGUAUCGAGGACCGUUACUUAUUAUUGAAUUUAUAUUUUUAAUCGGCGUCAAUGUCUAUGGUUGGCGUUCUUCAGGUGUGAAUCAUGUGCUCAUUUUUGAAAUCGACCCUAGAAAUCAUUUGAGCGAACAACAUUUAAUGGAAUUGGCUGCUAUUUUUGGCGUCGUUUGGACAUUGAGCAUUUUAAGUUUUUUGUACAGUUCCAGUUUAAGCAUACCUCCAUUUAUUAAUCCACUUGCACUGGCCAUUAUUAUGUUCGUGUUCUUAAUUAAUCCGCUGAAAAUUUUGAGGCAUGACGCCAGAUUUUGGCUACUACGGAUAUCGGGUCGAAUGAUAGCAGCGCCAUUUUUCCACGUUGGUUUUGCUGAUUUCUGGCUGGCAGAUCAGUUGAAUUCACUUGUAACAGCUUUGCUAGAUUUUCAAUAUUUGGCAUGUUUUUUCGUUGUGAAUGGCGAUUGGUUGAAUGCUGGAAAUACGUCCGAAUGCUUUGAGACGAAUUUUACCUAUCGUCCGAUUGUAAAUUGUUUACCAGCAUGGUUCCGUUUUGCCCAGUGCCUUCGUCGGUAUCGUGAUUCACGUGAAGCGUUUCCACAUUUGGUCAACGCCGGCAAGUAUUCGGCAACGUUUUUGGUUGUGAUUUUUUCCACACUUAGAGCCAUCCACGCCGCCGAAUAUAAAUCAACAUUUGAUAAUCCGUAUACAAUUUGCUGGAUAUUGAGCAAUUUGCUCGCAUCAACCUAUGCCUAUAUUUGGGAUAUAAAGAUGGAUUGGGGCUUAUUCGAUAGUAAUGCUGGCGAUAAUAAAUUUUUGCGCGAAGAAGUCGUUUACUCGUCAAAUGCAUUUUAUUAUUUUGCAAUUGUUGAAGAUUUCAUCCUACGUUACGUUUGGCUACUUGGUUUUGCAUUAACUGAAGCAGAAUUAAUUCCCGGUGAUAUGUUAACCUCAAUUUUAGCACCACUUGAAGUAUUCCGUCGUUUUGUUUGGAACUUUUUCCGAUUGGAAAACGAACACUUGAACAAUUGCGGUAAAUUCAGAGCGGUGCGUGAUAUUAGCAUAGCACCGAUCGAUGCAUCGGAUCAAAACCAAAUCUUACACAUGAUGGAUGAGAUGGAUGGCAUACAAAACAGAUAUACAAAAGGCAAUCGCCCGAAAUCGAGAAAACAAAAAGAUCCCGAGCGUAAGGCGUUACUUCAACCGUUGAAUGAUUCGAUCAUCGAUUUAAGACUUGAAUUGGGCGAAAGCAAGAAAGUUUAAUUUUAAUUCAAUUCUAUAGCGAUAUAAUUUUCUUUCUUGUUCGGAAGAUUGCAAUAAGCACAAAAAGUCAAAAACAUAGAAAAAAAGAGAAUAUUCCUUUAUCCAAUUUAUAUGAAAAACUGUUCGGCUUUAUAUACUUGAGAAAUUCCAUAAAAUUUGUUUCUUUUUCAAAUUUUCAUUGUGAAAUUGUUACUUUAUUCAAAACAAUAAUCGUAAUCAAUUAACUUGCAACAAAAGACAAUAAACUGUAAAUAAUUCUAAAUUGA